UAUCUAUCGCGCAAUGGUGAAUUGGAGAGUGAGGCCUUGUGUCAUGAAGGCUCAAAGGCAACGAGAGCAAUUUUCCUACGUCAUGGUUUAAUCUUUACCACCGGUUUUAAUCGUUCCUCAGAGCGACAAUAUUCUCUUAGAGCACCCGAUGCUUUAAGCGAACCUAUUGUUAUGGUUGAAUUGGAUACAUCCAAUGGUGUAAUGUUCCCACUAUACGAUCCCGAUACAAAUCUUAUAUACCUCUGCGGUAAGGGUGACUCGGUCAUAAGAUAUUUUGAAGUCACACCCGAACCACCAUUUGUCCAUUAUAUCAAUACCUUCCAAACACCCGAUCCCCAACGUGGUAUUGGCAUGAUGCCAAAACGUGGUUGCGAUGUCACCACCUGUGAAAUUGCCAAAUUUUAUCGUCUCAACAAUAAUGGCUUGUGUCAAGUUAUUUCCAUGACUGUACCCCGCAAAUCGGACUUGUUCCAAGAGGAUUUAUAUCCUGACACUUUAGCCGAAGAUGCUGCUAUCACCGCCGAAAAAUGGAUUAUGGGUGAAGAUGCUGAUCCCGUCACCUUUUCACUUAAAGUAAGUUAACACUUGUCUUGCCUAACAACAACGCUACAACAAAUAUUGGAAUACAGUACUCAAGGUGCUAAAUGCGUUUAGCUAUGGUAUCAUGUAAUUUACCUUGAUGAUUUGACCAUAGCCACCAAAAUGUUUGAGUGCAUAGUAGCUAUCAUAUACAUACGUAAAUGUAUAGUAAAAGAAAUUCUCACAAAAUUUCUCUUAUAUAUGGAACAGUCUUGAUC